AUGAAGGACCCCACAGCAGCAGCAGCAGCAGCAGCAGCAGGAAGGGGUUUGCUGCAGGUUAAGAGGGAACCGCAAGAGGAGCAGCAGCAAAGGCGCCCACGCGAGCAGCAGCAGCAGCAGCAGCAGCAGCAACAGCAGGAGCCGCCCCUGAAGAAGAGUAAAGCCAGCAGCAGCAGCAGCAGCAGCAGCAGCAGCAGGGAAACACAAAAGGCAGCAGCGGCAGAGAAGCCACGCAAACGAAAAGUAGCUGCUGCUGCUGCUGCUGCUGCAGGGCCUCCACAGCAGCAAAAGCCUCAGAAGCAUACACAGCAACAGAAGCAAAAGCUGCAGCAGUAG